AGAAUGGAUGAAGAAAAUUGUUCCUCCUUGACAGAUUUCCACCUCUUGGGAAUUACUAAUAACCCUGAGAUCAAGGCAACCAUAUUUACUACACUGCUGAUUGUGUACCUCAUUAGUUUUGUAGCAAAUUUUGGAAUGAUCAUUUUAAUUAGAAUUGAUUCCCAGCUUCAAACACCCAUGUACUUUUUCCUCAGCCAUCUGGCUUUCUCUGACCUCUGCUAUUCCACAGCGGUUGGACCCAAGAUGCUGGUGGACUUCUUUGCCAGGAAUAAAUCAAUUUCCUUCAUUGGUUGUGCUCUGCAAUUCUUCAUCUUCUGCAUCUUUACAGACUCUGAGUGUCUACUCCUGGCAGUGAUGGCGUUUGACCGAUAUAAUGCCAUUAGCAACCCCCUCCUCUAUGCAGCCAACAUGUCCAAUGAAGUGUGCUCCAGGCUUAUGGCAGGGGUUUACUUUGUAGGCCUGGUUGAUGCUUUGGUACAUACAACAUUAACUUUCCGUUUGUGUUUUUGUGGUUCAAAUGAAAUCAAUCACUUCUUCUGUGAUUUACCUCCACUUUACCUUCUUUCCUGCUCUGAUAUUCAAGUCAAUGAGCUGGCAUUAUUCACUGUUUUUGGCUUCAUUGAACUAAGUACCAUUUCUGGAGUUCUUGUGUCUUACUGUUACAUCAUCUUCUCAGUCUUAAAGAUCAACUCUACUAAAGGAAGGUUCAAAGCUUUCUCUACCUGCACCUCCCACUUAACUGUUGUUGCAAUUUUCCAGGGGUCUAUGCUCUUUAUGUAUUUCCGCCCAAGUUCUUCCUAUUCUCUUGACCAGGACAAAAUAAAAUCAUUGUUUUAUACUCUUGUCAUUCCCAUGUUAAACCCUCUGAUUUAUAGUUUGCGAAAUAAGGAUGUGAAAGAGGCUUUAAAAAAACUAAAACAUAAAAUUCUAUUUUAA